UGUGUGUGUGUGUGUGUGUGUGUGUGUGUGUGUGUGUGUGUGUGUGUGUGUGUGUUGGAGCCAGCAGCAGUGUGCGUGUCUGCUCGCAAAAUGCUGCGAGCAUGCUUGAAUUUGGUGUCUGACGAGCACGCAGGCACACGUGUGACGUCCGGGACAUGUGGUCCGGGUUUCAUAACACCGCUGCCCGUCUGCACUCUUCGUCUUCUCCGAUGUCUCCAUCAUUCCUGUCUUUGUGUCACCUUCAUAUCUCCAUCUUCUUAACACCUCUAUUUUCACCACCGCUCUGCUGCCCCCUGGUGGCAGUGAUUGUUCGCACUUUUUUUAUGUUUUUUUUCCUUGUUGCACCCUCCAAGUCUAGUGCUGUGCAAUGCAUCUGUAUUGUUUUGCCAACAUUUAACUUGUGAACUGAGUGGAAGGCACGGAGAAAGAUGCUGCGAUUCAACUUAAACCYUUAGUCAUCCUCCCAAAGAGUAGUCUGGUGUGAGAUGGUGCAGCUACCUCCAAAAUACUGAUUCAAGUCUGGCCCAGUUCAGGCUGUGACAUCACGCACUAAUCUCUUAUUCUCUUUUUCCUCUCCGCUCUUCCCUUCCCCACAUGUCUUCCUUUCUCRGUUCUUCAACUCUGUCCCUUUCUCCGUCCGUCUUCCCUUCUCCUGCCGUAGCCACCGUCAGCCACAGGCAGAGGCAGAGGGAAGAGAGAGAAGUCUGUGAGCUCUCCACUGCAGUAUUGAUGACCCAAUGAUCCCCUGCAGAACAGAGCCAGUCAGGCAGACCGAGUCGAGCUCGACCCAGAAUCAAAAUCAGCGCCACAACUGUUUGGUCAGAGCAACAGACUGAGCAGGAUAUGAAUGGUGAUUGAAUCUUCUGCUCUCUCAGGUUGUUAGCAAAGAAGCAUUUUCAUUUUCUCUGCUUCUCGUUUCGCCGCCGGCCGACCCGUCCACUGAAUGAGCGGCGCGUCAGAUCGUCUUCAUUCAGGCCGAACUGGGGCUCCAGUGGGUCGCAGUGAGACUCCAGCAGAGAGGGGCUGCGUGCCCGAGGGGCUUGAAGGACCUGAGUUCUGGACGCGGGACCUCUCGCUCCCCGGCGGGUUCCGGCAUGCUGCUCGUGAUGGACUGGCACAAGUGACCUUGGACUGCGUCCCGCCCACCUACCCAUCUGCCCUGGCCAACGGUGUCCAUCUACAGAGAGGGCCGGGGGGAAGCAGCCAGCGGUGGGAGCACUCCGACACUCAUAUGACCGCUGAGACUCUUAGAACCAUGCAAACACACGUGGACCCAGAUGUGCACGUGAAGACUUUUCCACAUGCACAUGUGGAUAACUGUGAACACACGGACAUAACCACUCACGCUGGUUUUGUUGACCCAGAACUCUCGAAAACUCUCGCACCAGAGGUCAUAAACCCAAACUCACCCCAGCCCUUGUCUUUGGCACUUGGCAAUCAUCCGGUKUCCACCAAUCAGCUGGCGGCUCCAGUCCCCGCAGUGGAGACCGACUCGCCGUUUUGUCCGGUCCCCGCUGGUCCCGACCCGAACGCGGACUCCUGCCCUCUGCCCGUGGAGACAGAAAGGAAGUACGCGRUGCGCAGCUCCGGGCGACCUCGCUUCCCCUGUCACCUGCGCAAAUCCUCCCGCCUGCACCGAAGCAUCGAAGAUGGAGAAAAACGGGCGGGGAGGGAGAGGAGCGGCGAGGAGGAGGACAUACUGGAGGAGAAGAUCUGGAGGGUUAAAGAGGAGGAGGUUGCAGUCUGUGACAAAGAGGAGCAUUUGUCUGCGGAGGCUGUCCCACCCCCACCUACCUGUCAAACAGACACGGCUCCUGCUCUAACCGCACCCAAACCUGCCCCUAAAGCGCUACCGAAACCCGGGCCCAGACUUGGACACAGACCUGGACCGAAAUCCAGGUGCAAGCCGUUGUUAAAACCUGUUCACAAAGCAGCUCCUAAAAGCAUAUUGAAGCAACGUCAGGCGGCCCAGGCCCUCCGCAACCUUGUUAACCCUCCUCUCCAAUUCCCCGCACCUUUAAUGACCACGAAGGAAGAACCUGAUGCAGUGCUGGGCGUMUAUCCUCCAAAUAACAGCAGACGAGGGCGUUACAUUGGUGUGAGGAGGAUUGUCGUUAAGGUGCCUCGCAUUCCUGUCAGCCUCAGCCGCCGACAGAAGAGCUACAAAAUUUCUAAUUUGGAGACGGUUAUAUCAACAGAGAAAAGCAACGACGGGAAUCUGGAGGGCUCCGAGGCCAUCCGUGAACCGACCGCCCUGCUCCGGAUGAAGAACAACGGGAAAAGUGUGAUGGUGAUGUUCCCUCCCGGAGAGCUCCCRGUCAUCCUCAAACGCAGGCGGGGACGACCCCCUAAACAGGCUUUGCCGGCAAUACAGUGCGAGCCGCCGAACGCCGGGGCUGUUGGCGCCGCCGAGGACCAGCCCAAGAAGCCUCGGAGGCGACGUCGGACUAAACUCCCCUGUCCGUACCCGUCCUAUGUGAAUGACACAAACGAUGUGAAAACAGAAUACGGGGAUGUUCUCUCCAAGCUGGCCUUUUUAAACCGCCAGCCCCCUGCUACUGGCCGCUGCUCUCCUCCUCGCUGCUGGACCCCCAGUGAGCCAGAAAGCUUUCAAACGUCCUUGGAAAACCCCGGAAUAUCCACCCUGCUUCACCGGCUCACCGGGUUCAGACGCCCCAGAGGGGGCAGAGGAGGGGGGCCCGGCAGAGGCGGAGGAGCGGCGGGGGGCAUUCUGGGCGGCGUGUGCAAUAAGAGCACCUUCAGUGACUUCUUUGAGUCCAUCGGAAAAAAGCGGAAACUCAACCUCCUGUCUCAGCAUGGAUUACCUAGGAAAAGGAGGAAGGGCGUGGGCGGAGGGGUGGGCAGGGGAGGGGGGAUGGUGGGAACAGAGCCUGGAGUUAAAGAGAAAGGUCUGGGUGGGUAUCAGCUCUGUGGAUCUUCAAGGGGGGGCUUCUCCAGCUGUGAGCUCGGGCGAGGGGGUGCGUACAGCAGUCUAGGGGGACAUAAGGGGAUGGGGCCGYCCGGCGAGGACUCACAGGGCCUUUUCGCUGGUUACUUUCGAUCCCUGCUGGAUUCCGAUGACUCCUCAGACCUGCUGGACAUCUCCUCCUCGCAGUCAGGCUCCCGCAAAUCUUCAACCGCUCCUGGUUUUGAGCCGUCCGGCUCGGCUGCCAGUCACAGCUGGUCUCCUCCGUUCCCCAAGUGGAGCUCCAAAGGAGCGAGUGCGGGGCCSGAGGCUUCGGCACAGGCGCAUUGCUCCUCAGCGAGGCCUCCGUAUGGUUAUAGCAGCCUGGCCCAAACAUCUCCCACCACUUCUACCUAUCCCAAAUCCACUCCCCCGUCCCUCUCACACUCGCCUAGCUCCCCACAUCCGUCCUCUUAUGGUCACUACUCCACCGGCUACUCCUGCUCCUCUCCUGCGGCUCCGCAGAGGUCAUCAGACUGCAGCUACUCAUARGGAUCUGCUCAGAGUGCUAAAGGCUUACCUGUUAGUCAGAUGGGUUAUUCAAGCUACCAGGCAGCGGCCAAGAGAGGCUACGGUGGAUAUAGCCAUUCCUCCAUGGUGCGGGGGGAUUCAAUAGGACCGACAUCACCUGGGGGAGGGUACAUGUCUGUGCCCAGGAGUAGUGCCUUCAGCUCCUCUGCUCCAGAAGGCUACAAGCAGUUCAACUCCAACCAGUGGAGCUGCAGACAAGCUUACGGRGGUUGGUCAUCUGACAGCUUUGGGUCUCAGUACCAUGGAUAUGGUGAAUAUGGCUCCAAUGAGUCCAAAGACAUCUUGGAUAUUUCAAACUACACUCCCCAGAAGGCUAAGCGACAACCCUUUCCRGAAAGCCUUUCAGAGUCCUCUUCGGACUCCUCUCAUCCGGGUUCUACAGCCCCUGUUAGCGGACCCGGCUCCACAGGUGGGACGUUUAAACAGAUCGAGCCGGCGUUCGUCACAGGAGGAGGGGGUCAGUCUAGUCUGUCCAGUCUGGAGAAACUGAUGAUGGACUGGCACGAGAGUGCCUCGGGACCGUCGUACAACUGGAGCCAAGAUGUUCUUUUCCAAGGCGGAGGAACCAGCAAACCCGGCCGGGGCCGCAGAAAACGAACUGAACCGCAGUUAGAAAAGGAAGGGGGUUCUGCCUUACACUCUGACUCCCCAUCCAGUCCCUCCCCAACACCCGCUGCUGGACCUAAGCGGGGAGGGGUUGGAGGACGGGGCCGAGGCUCUCGAGGUGGUAGAGGGGGUCUGUCUCCCUGCCAGAGGGAGCGUCCGUCGGGGUCCAAAGGAAGGGGCAAGGCGGCCUCUYUGGGACCGGUAGUGUCCGCCGGAGGUCCAGAGGGGUCCGGGUUGUUCCAGGAGGGGCUGGAUUAUUACAGUGGAGACAGCAGCAGCCUCUCUCCUUUGGCCACACCUAAUCCUGCACCAGCUGCCAGCUACCUCCAGGACACCUGUGAAUACCCCUCGCCUUAUUCAGCCCACCCCUCCACCCCUUCCUCUGAGGAGCGAUAUCCAGCCUUAUACCCUGGUGACUCCUCCUCCUCCCUCUCACCGAGCGUCUCCUCUCCCCCUUACCCCCCCAAACCUACGCCUCCUCCUCCCCAGUCUUACCACCUUCUCCCCUCCCGGACCUUCUCCCCGUCCUGCUCCCCCUCGCCACGUCUGACUCCCCACUGUGGCACGGCGCUCAGUCCCUCGCCCCGGCCCCCCCAGAAAGACCCGCAGUUCUCGCAGUACGAUUCCCCCAGCUACUGCGGCUCUCCCUAUUGGUACGGACAGACGUCGCACAGCGGCAGCCCCAGCCCGCACUCYAAUACAGCCGGACACCCCCACAGCAACCCCCACACAAGUCCUCACAGAAACACCAACCCCCAAACGGUCAACACGCACGCCCACCUGAGCYCUCACGACCCGCAGCAUCACAGCACGCAGCCCCUCACGAACCUGAGCUCYCACAGCAGCGCCCCCUCCCACCUGCAGAGCGGCCUCCUCCCGCACUCGAACAGCACGCACCUCCCCUCCCACACGCACUCCAACCCRGGCCUCAGCCUGCACUCCACGCCGGCGCUGUACGAGGAGCGCAGCCCUCCSUCCGCCAUGACGCCGCAAAAGCGCGACCUGACCCCUCACGCCAUGAGCACAGGCCUUCGACAGGGUCCCCUGCCUCUCUCCCCGUACCCCAAACCCCCUCUAGACUGCUCGCCUCACCCAGAGGACACGGGUGGCUACUCCCUACCCCAGCAGUACCAGGGGAUGGGACACCGCUACCCCUCGCAGGCGGCUCAGAGCGGCGGGGUGCUGUGCCAGCUUCUGGAUCCAGCAAGUGAUGAGAGCUUCAGCGUCACCAGCCUGUAACARCAGGUGUGAACUUUUACAGAUUUUCAAACAUAUUUUUUAAGGGGACUUCUUUGUGAGAGACUGAGAUGAAGGGUGAGAAUUUAGCUGCCAGCUUUGGACAGUAAAGCUUUAAUUCUCCAGCACUGACAAUCAAGAUCAAACCCACAAACUGAAGCAUGUACAUACACACACAAAAAAAAACACACACACAAAUAAAACACGCACACACACAGAGCAACGCAUGCGCAGAUCAGAUCACUACCUAACCUAUGAUCACACGACACGAGGACUCUGCGCUGGAAUGAGGGAACGGCCGAGAGGAGCUGACAGAUGAAUACCAGACGCUCGUGGACAGAGACAAAACUAUUUCCUCAUCUCUUUUUUCUCGUCCCUCCGUGACACAUGCAGUACUUCACCGAGCCUUUUCAUUUCUGUUCUCCACGUCUGCAGUAUAAAAACAGCUGUUUUUCUCUCGCUUUUAGUUCUCUUUCUCUGUCGUCUCCCGGCUCGCAUCCCCCCAAAACACACCAAACACUUCACUGUCUUGUGCCCCUGAAACCGAACCGCAUCUGAGCCCGAAUCUUUUAUGGUAAAAGAAAAAAAAAAAAAACCCCAAGGAGCCUACGCCAACGUCCCGCUCUCUGUGCACUUCCUGUGUUUGUGUUCCAUACGAGAAAAGUGGACUGAAUCUUGUUUCUGCUUUUGAAACACCAGCAUCUGUACAUAUGACUUCAGCUCCGAGCCGGGUUAAAGUGUGGGGGAGAGGCCCGUCAUCAGUUUUCCCCUCCUCUGCUUUCUGCCGUGUUUUUUCUGCUCUGAGUUCUCUGGGGGGGGGACCGCAGCUUGGAGACUCAACAUCCUGUGUUUUGCUGUUUUAACUACAAGGGAAAGAGACAUCGAAAUUACACAACGGCCCCAAAGAGACUCUUGUUUUCCACGUGCAAGACGAAGGAUGCGUUUGCGUGACUGCGGUGAUGCAUGUAUUUGUGAGUUUACGRGUGUGUGUGUGUGUGCCUGUGGGGUCAAAAGAAUUGAAGCUCCCUGGACGACAAAAGUCUUGGCGGGGCCUUAUUCUUUCUUUCACUCUCUCCCUUCUUUUUUCUGUGGUCUUGUGUUGUUUGGUGGUUUUUGUGAUGACAAAAAAAAACAACAAAAAAAAAAACAAGUUGUAUAUCUGUCUGUUACAUAUCAUGUAUGUAUCUGAGGUGCAAAAUAUUUAAAUACACAUUAUGUUCUUGCCAUUGGUAAA